UAUAAUUCUUUAUCUGACACUGGCACAAGCCUAGUGACCCCCUUAAAGGAAAUAACAAUAAUUUGUGGUAGUUUCGUAAACUGUUCGUAAACAACAACAUCGAAACGACACUUGCCCAAGCAUAAAAUAGUGGCCGUCAUAUUGAAGGAAUACCAAAUCUCGAGGUAGUGUUAUAAUAAAGAAGUGACAGAGUGAUGGUGUACCGGAACUGAUAGAAUUGGCUUAGCGUAGCGGAUCACUUGAUACUGGCGAAAUCCGAAGAUAUAACGUAUUUGUGGUGAAAAUGACAGAUACCAACUCGUUUACGUCGCUUCUGGCGCUUGUGGACAGCCAUUUAUCGAAGACAAAAGUCUCCGAAAGUCGUUCGGAGAAUGGCAAUGGCACGCGUGAUCCCUUUCCUAUACCCUCUAUUGGGCUCAGCAAACAUCCCCAAACUGGUACAGUGUCAGACACAACUCUUUCAUUUUCUCCCGAACAGAGAUUGCCUAUUCCGCGAUUUAUGCUUGGAGAGAGUCCCAUACAGAGUGUCCUCAAUGAGCAAGUUGCCAAUAUGCUAAAAGCUAAGGAACUCCGACGACAGCAGGAGGAAGAAAAGCAGAGAUUAGCAGAACAGAUGAAAAAGAUGACUUUACAAGAAGAUGACGACGUCAUAGACUUAAUGCAGGCAUUGCAGAAACCUUGGGACACAGAGGCCUCAUUACAACCUAUGAAAGAGCAAACGCUAAGCAGCAGUAGCUCGUUUGAGUCUCUGUUUGCACCUAAAUUUGACUCCAUAGAUCUAGAUGAUGUUAGUGUCAAAGACAUAGCACUGCCCGAGCCUAAGCUGCCAUGUAAAACAGAUAUGUCUUAUAUUCUAUUUCAAAAAUUUAAAAGAGGGAAAUGUUCUGCAUUUGGUAGGGUUUUGAGUGCAAAAGUAAAACCAGUUGCCGCUCCAUAUUUGCAUGAGAAAAUCCAACAUAAUAUCAAGGUGUUUGACUUCAGCACACCGUCACCUGAUGACAUCAUUAAAGAGAAGCGAAGCUGGAAACCAGCCUGUAAUGCCUCAUACACGCCUGACAUAGUAGGGUUCAUUUGAUCUUCACCUGAUUGUCUUGGAGUGAAUUGGGUUAAGAAGAAGUAACACUUUGAAGAAAUUUAAUAAACUUGCAUAUAGAGCACUCUGGGGUUUUACAUGCCAGGCCCCAUCCAAUAAUAUAAAAUGAUAAUAAUUAUUAUCUGAUGAUAUUGUGCAAUGAACUUUUGUGUGACACUUGUAAUAAUGUAGUAAUAACAAGUUAAACGUAACAUAUAAUGUAAUAAUUAUUAUAAUAAUAAUAUGAUAAGGUCAUUUAUUAUUUCUGAACAUACACAAAAAUAUGAACAAGUGAUCAAACAUAGAGUUUAGAUGUGGGAGACAGGAACCCAAAUUAUAAUCUUGUGCUUAAGUAUUGCUAGCUU